AUGCCACACUUUGUUGCCAUGACAGCAGAGGUUCUGUUUGUGCUUGGGUUCCUGAUGACCGGUGUUCAGUGUAAUCCCAUAGCAACCUUGCCAGCGAGCCGCGAACAACUGGAGAGGGUCCUGACCCAGGUCAGGCAGAACAGAAAUCAGGACAAGCAGGCCUCUGAAGAAUCGGUGGGCUACAAUAAUCAGCAAUCUCUCAAGGAACUCAAUGACCUGGACAUGAAUGCCGACCGAGAAGCCAACAGAACUGCCGUCAGCCGCACCAGGCCAAAUUUCAGUUCCCAAAAACGAGGAUCUAAGGGACCAAAAUCGCAGGAGCUCUGGAGCGAACAGGAUAGCCUGAACCAAAUAGAUGAGGGCCCCACCAGCGAAGUCAAUCUCUCCCUGGAUGCGAUCGAUGAGUAUGCCUACCCAGAUUACAGGGGGAAGGGUUGCAUGGAUGAAAGCGGCUUUGUGUUUGCCAUUGGUGAGAAGUUCACUCCGGGCCCCUCCACAUGCCCUUGUCUCUGCACAGACGAGGGUCCACUGUGCACCAAGCCAGAAUGUCCCAAGGUUCACCCUCGCUGCAUUAAAGUGGACACCAGUCAAUGCUGCCCGCAGUGCAAGGAGAAAAAGAACUACUGUGAGUUCCGAGGCAAGAUCUACGCUUCGCUAGAGGAGUUUAAGGUGUCUCCUUGUGAGAAAUGCCGAUGUGAGCCAAGUGGAGAGGUUUUGUGCUCCGUGGCAGCCUGCCCUCAGACAGAAUGUGUGGACCCCGAGUAUGAGCCUGAUCAAUGCUGUCCUAUCUGCAAAACUGGGCCAAACUGCUACGCGGACACGGCCGUCAUACCCGCUGGGCGAGAGGUGAAGAUUGACGCGUGCACGAUCUGCUACUGCACAUAUGAGGAGGGCACGUGGCAGAUCGAGCGUCAGGCCACCUGCAGCAAGAAUGAAUGCCAGCGGAGCUAAAGACUGGCCCGGUGACGGGGGACGGGGGGGGGGCGUGCAAAAGGUCAG